AUGGAGCCCCGCAAAACCCCUCCAGAGUACUUCCUAGAGAUCUUCGCCGACACGACAACAGUCAGGGACGUGCUAAAAGGCGUCCUCAACCUAAUCUUCUUCCACCGAUACUUCCCAUCAAUCCGCCCAACCACAUUCGACGUGCUCGAUUUCACGCUCCCCGCCAUCAACGACGUAGAUCUAGAAACGCUCAUCGACUCGCGCAUCAGCUCGCUAGUCCGCCAGCACUCCUCGUCUGCCCCCGGGGCCCAUGACUCAAGCGGCGUGCGCGGGCGCAUCGCCGUCGAAUUCUACGAAAAGAAGCGCAGGCGCUCGAACAUGUGGUUUACUGGCUUGGCGGGGAAGGGCGAGGAAGAGGUUUGCUGGGAGGUGUGGAACCUAGAUGUGACGGUUGCUACUCCACGGACGGAAUCGGAACGCGCAAAGGUCCGCAAAGCAAUGGAGAAUAUGUUGCAAAAGGCUGCGCUCAAGAUCCUGGCCGUGGUCAACCGCGAUAAAGAUCACAUACCCCCUAUAACCACCACCGAUUCGAAUCCGUUUCCAUAUCGCAUCAUCUUGAAUCCGCGUACGGAUGGCUGGCAGAACCGGUUCGGCCUUUAUUAA